AUGACAGACUUCAAAAAUGCAUGCUGGAGUAAACAGGAGAAUAUAUACGCAGUUCACAUUGCUGCAAACUUCCUGUACACUGAUAUGUUAUCACUUAUUCUAAAUGGUGAAUGUAAUGUAAACAUCGGACGUGAAUGUAGUUCGAAAGAAGAAUAUGGCACAAAGCACGGGGGAAACCCAUUGUUUAUUGCAUCAAGAUUUGGUCACCAUGAAAUUGUUCAAGAACUGAUAAGUCAUGGUGCUAAGGUUUACGGAAAGGGCUUGAGAAAUCCCAUUUUGUACCCAUCUUAUUCUGGAUGCGAUAAAACUGUUGCGUUGCUUAUUACAAAUGGGGCAAAUAUAAACGAAAAAGACCACGAGGGACACACUUCUUUGAUGAAUGCCUCCAGAAGAGGCUGGAUAGAUGUCGUCAAAAUUUUGCUGAAGAAUGAAGCUGACUUAAACAUAUGCGAUGACGAGGAAGAAGACGAAGAAAAAGACGAGGGAGAAGAAAAUGCUUUAGAUAUGGCAUGUUCUAGAGGCCAUUUAGAUAUCGUGAGUAUUUUAUUGGAUCAUGAUAUUGAUAUCAAUAACAAUGGUAAUGAAGAGAGUUACACACCUUUAAUGCAUACUAGUACUUUGGAGGGCAACCAUCUUUCAACCUUACUUUAA